CAAGCUCGGGUUUAAAAAUAUUGAACAGUGGCUUCAUCAAUGUGUCACACACCACGAAUGCGGAACCACAAGCUUUUAUCAGUUGCCGACAAGGCUACUUGAUCUGCAUGGUGACCAAGUUCGAGUCAUUGAAACUAAAGGGGUUGAAAGCCCAUAUGUUUGUCUGAUUUACCGUUGGGGUGGCUAUAAAGAAAAGCGUCUACUUAGCACAAGCAAAACCCUUCAUACCCAUCUGAAAGCCAUAUUAUGGGACGAGCUUCCCAAAACGUUUCAGAAUGCUGUUAUCAUAUGUCGCCGUCUGAAAAUCUACUACUUAUGGAUUGAUGCAUUGUGCAUUUUACAAGAGUGCCCCGGCUUAACAGCAGCUCAAGUUACAGAGACCAAGAAAGAUUUUGCAAGAGAGAACACAGCAAUGGCAAACAUUUAUCAGAAUAGCUAUCUCACUAUAUCUGCUGAUAUUUCCACCAGUAUGAAUAGUGGAAUAUUUUCCUUUUCUUCGAAUAAAUAUCACGCGAUUCAGGUUGUCGACGAUAACAGUAACAAUGUUACUCUUUACGGCCAAAGUACUGACUUGGAACAUGGCCGCAAACCAACAACCCUCGAAGAACGAGGCUGGAAUUUUCAAGAGUCUUCCCUUCCACAUAGAGUUCUGUACUAUGGUGAAUCCGAUAUUACGUGGAGGUGUCAGCAACUCAACUCUUGUGAGUGUGGGUAUUCUAAUCAUACUAAUGUCAUUUUAGACAAUAUCAAACACUCUAGAGAAGCUUUUUCUCGAAGAACAAGAGUCACAUCCCAAAAUCUAGAGAACUUUCUCGCGUGGUGGAGUAGGAUAGUCUAUUACUAUAUGCCUAGAGACUUAACCAACGAAAAUUACAAGCUACCUGCUCUUUCUGGACUAGCACAGAUCUAUCACAGAAAAACGGGCGAUAGCUACCUCACAGGUCUUUGAAGGAAUUUAAUUCUCCAUGAUCUAUGCUGGUAUAAUUGCCAUAACUUUAAUCUAAGAAUUGAUAGGUUCUACGGACCUUAUAGAGGUCAUAGAUCCACGCAAUAUCGUGCUCCAUCUUGGUCUUGGGCAUCUAUCGAGACAUCUCCAGAAACCUCCUGUGGCCAUUGGCCAUUAGGAGAACGUGAA